AUGAAGGUCCAGGACGACUUUAUUUUAACUAUAGAUGAUUCGGAGGACGACAUUCAGUACGAUGACAACGAUGUCGAUGCCGUAGAAGAUGGAGACAAAAUUCCAUUGAAGACUCCUAAGAAAAAAUCGAAAAAGCAGAAGGGAAAAGAGGACGAAAGUGAAUUCAGCAAUGAAUUUGCAUUUGAGACCGACGUAAACCAAGGUGUUGUUACUGAAGAAGACUCGAAUUGGGAUUUUGAUCUUCCCGCAAAUUCUGGUUACCGUGACUCAAAUGUAGUCAAUUUGGACGCAAUUAUCGAACGCAAUCGGAUAAACAAUGACUCAAAUGAAGAAGCUGAAACGAAGAAAGACUAUAUCGAAAAGGAUGAAGACAAGGAAGACGAUAUUAGCCUGCAUUCAGACGACGAAGAUUUAGCCGCAGAUGGUUUUGGUACUGGAGCGAAACCAUCCGAAUCUUUUGAUUCAGAAGAAGAGCAGGAUGAUGAUGAAGAUGACGUUACGGAACCUGUUCCUUCAUUUGUACCUUUGCAAGAUGGCGCUGAAGACCUAAACGCAGAGGCAUCUUCAGCUGGUGAGGAAGAUGAAGAGGAGGUUGCUAAAAAGAAUGCUUUUUUCUCUGAAGGAGAAAAAGAUAGUGCUGAUAUAAAGACGCAAGCAUCUUUCCAAGCUAUGAACCUAUCUCGGCCUAUUUUGAAGGGUCUUUCCAAAAUGGGCUUUGAAGAACCUACUCAAAUCCAAGCAAAAACAAUUCCCGUCGCUCUCCUUGGAAAAGACAUUGUUGGUGCUGCCAUCACUGGUAGUGGUAAGACUGCUGCAUUCAUUGUCCCCAUUAUAGAACGUUUACUUUAUCGCCCUAAAAAAAUACCCACAUCAAGAGUAUUGGUUUUGGUCCCUACUCGUGAGCUUGGUAUUCAGUGUCACAGCGUAGCUACAAAGAUUGCUGCCUUUACCGAUAUCGUUUCAUGCUUGUGUGUUGGUGGUUUAUCUUUGAAGCAACAGGAGCAAGAACUCCGCAACCGACCGGAUAUCAUUAUUGCUACUCCUGGUCGUUUUAUUGACCAUAUGCGGAAUUCCCAAGGUUUCACAGUUGAGCAUAUUGAAAUUAUGGUUAUGGAUGAAGCCGAUCGAAUGCUUGACGAUGGUUUCGCUGAUGAAUUGAACGAAAUUAUUAAUUCCUGUCCUAAGUCCCGACAAACAAUGCUGUUUUCGGCCACCAUGACGGACAAAGUAGACGAUUUAAUUCGUCUUUCUUUAAACCGCCCGGUUCGUCUCUUCGUAGAUGCCAAAAAAUCGACAGCUAAGCUACUCACUCAAGAAUUUAUUCGUGUUCGUCCACAACGUGAAAACCUUCGUCCAGCUAUGCUUAUUUACUUGUGCAAGACAUUGUUUCAUAAAAAGACCAUUAUUUUUUUCCGUAGCAAAGUCUUUGCACAUAAGAUGAGAAUUAUCUUUGGACUUUUGUCUUUAAGCGCUGCCGAAAUUCAUGGUUCCUUGUCUCAAGAACAACGUAUACGUGCGUUAGAGGAUUUCCGAGAUGGUAAGUGUAAUUACCUGCUGGCUACCGACGUUGCUUCUCGUGGUAUUGAUAUUAAGGGCAUCGAAGUCGUUAUUAAUUACGAGGCUCCUUCUUCACAUGAACUAUAUCUUCAUCGUGUUGGACGUACGGCCCGUGCUGGUCGAAGUGGACGGGCUGUAACCCUUGCUGGUGAAGGUGACCGGAAAGUUAUUAAAGAUGUGUUUAAAACUUCCGCGGCUCAAAAUACUAAGGUAGUUAGCCGUAACCUCGAAUUUGAUAAGGUGGAAUCAUAUGGAAAGCAAAUGAAGGACUUAGAGGAAGUGGUCGACAAGGUUACAAAUGAAGAGAAGCAAGAGAGAGAGAUUAAAAUUGCUGAACGUGAUUUGAAGAAGGGAGAGAAUAUCAUUAAGCAUAGUGGUGAAAUUCGCUCCAGACCAGCUCGUACUUGGUUCCAAAGCGAAAAGCAAAAGAAGGCUUCUAAAGCUCCUGAAAAACCUGAUAAACAAUCUUUGGCUAAGAGGAAAAAGGAACUUGAAAAGGACGAGAUGCCCCGUUCAUAUAAAAAGACUAAGAAGGAUAGAACGACAAAAACUCGAGUCACGGGGAAGAAGUAA